UUAAACUGAACAGAUCCCACUAUUAGAUACAAUAAGUCUACCUUGAAAGAUCUCUUAAUUCUAUCCCUGAAAAGUUUAAAGGUAAAAUAUUUAUAAAUUUGAAUGUGUUUUUGGUUGUGGUUUAACUAAUAUGGUGUUUUUGUGUUAAAACCCUCUAACAUUCUAUGUAUAACUGUUAAAAUUCUCUAGAUUACAACUAAAUUAAUAACAUUUUCUACUUUUUUUCAAUGCAAUGCAGAUGUUCAAAGGCAACUCCGAUGGCAAUUCCAUACACUACAAUGUUUUCGAAGUACCAAUUAUAGCACAAUGGAUACGUAUUAAUCCCACACGUUGGCACGAUAGAAUAUCUAUGCGUGUUGAACUAUAUGGUUGUGAAUAUGUUGCUGAAAAUCUUUAUUUUAAUGGCACCGGUCUGGUGCGUUACAACUUGUUGCAAGAGCCCAUUGCCUCUACACGGGAAUCUAUACGUUUCCGUUUUAAAACAGCUCAUGCCAAUGGCAUACUUAUGUAUUCAAGAGGUACCCAGGGUGAUUAUUUCGCUCUGCAAUUAAUGGAGAAUAAAAUGGUUUUGAACUUGGAUUUGGGUGGUGGUAUUAUGACUUCCCUCUCCGUAGGCAGUUUAUUAGAUGAUAAUGUUUGGCAUGAUGUUGUUAUAUCACGUAAUCGUCGCGAUAUUAUCUUCUCAGUAGAUCGUGUUAUAGUACGUGGUCGUAUUAAGGGAGAAUUUAGUCGUUUAAAUCUUAAUCGUGAACUAUUGCUGGGCGGGGUGCCCAAUGUUCAGGAGGGAAUAUUUGUAACGCAAAACUUUACCGGUUGUAUGGAGAAUAUAUUCUUUAAUUCCACCAAUUUUAUAAGAGAUAUGAAGGAUAACUAUGAAAGGGGCGAUACCUACCGUUAUAAUAAAGUCAAUACUGUAUAUGCCUGUCCCUCACCUCCCAUUUAUCCUGUUACAUUCACCACACGUGGUUCUUUUGUACGUCUCAAGGGUUAUGAAGCUCAAAAGUCUCUCAAUGUUUCUUUCUAUUUCCGUACCUAUGAAGAAAAAGGCAUGAUGUUGCAUCAUGAAUUUGCUUCAGGUGGUUAUGUAAGGGUAUUCCUGGAUUAUGGUAAAGUUAAAGUGGAUUUGAAAUUAUCCGAUAAACCUCGUAUCAUUUUGGAUAACUAUGAUGAUCAAUUUAACGAUGGUAAAUGGCAUUCAUUUGUCUUGACCAUACAACGUAAUCGUUUGGUUAUCGAUAUUGAUCAACGUCCCAUGGCUACCACUAAAAAUAUACAAAUUUCAACGGGACGCUUGUAUUACAUAGCUGGAGGUAUUGAGAAGAGUAAUGGUUUUGUGGGUUGUAUGCGUUUGAUAUUGGUUGAUGGCAAUUAUAAAUUACCCAAGGAUUGGGUCCAAGGUGAAGAAGUUUGCUGUGGCGAUGAAGUUGUUGUUGAUGCCUGUCAAAUGAUUGAUCGCUGUAAUCCAAAUCCUUGCCAACACAAUGGUGUUUGUCAUCAGAAUUCUAUGGAAUUCUUUUGUGAAUGUAGUCAUACUGGCUAUGCGGGAGCUGUUUGUCAUACUUCCAACAAUCCUUUGUCCUGUACCGCCUAUAAAAACGCCCAAAGUGUUAAGAACCGUGUUAGCAUAAAUAUUGAUGUCGAUGGCAGUGGUCCUUUGGCACCGUUCCCAGUUACUUGUGAAUAUUACACUGAUGGACGCGUUAUUACCACAUUGGGUCAUAGUCAAGAACACACCACAACUGUUGAUGGUUUCCAAGAACCAGGAUCUUUUGAACAAAAUAUACUCUAUGAUGCUGACUUGCAGCAAAUUGAAGCAUUACUUAAUCGUUCGCACACCUGUUGGCAAAGAUUAAGUUAUUCCUGCAGAUCUUCAAGACUAUUCAAUUCACCCUCUGAACCCGGUAAUUUCCGUCCCUUCUCGUGGUGGGUCUCAAGACACAAUCAACCUAUGGACUAUUGGGCGGGUGCUUUACCCGGCUCGCGUAAAUGUGAAUGCGGUAUUUUGGGUAAAUGCCAAGAUCCCACUAAAUGGUGUAAUUGUGAUUCCAAUAGUCUAGACUGGACUGAAGAUGGAGGCGAUAUUAAGGAAAAAGAAUAUUUACCUGUAAGAGCUGUUAAAUUUGGUGAUACCGGCACUCCAUUGGAUGAAAAACAAGGACGUUAUACUUUAGGUCCGCUGCGUUGCGAGGGUGAUGAUUUGUUUAGCAAUGAGGUGACAUUCCGUAUAGCAGAUGCUACCAUCAAUUUACCACCCUUCGAUAUGGGUCAUUCGGGUGAUAUUUAUUUGGAAUUUAAGACAACCGUAGAAAAUGCUGUUCUCUUCCAUGCUACCGGACCCACAGAUUAUAUUAAACUGUCUAUAAAUGGUGGCAAUAAAUUGCAAUUCCAAUAUCAAGCCGGCAGUGGUCCUUUGGGAGUGAAUGUACAUACCAGUUAUCAUUUGAAUGACAAUAAAUGGCAUACAGUUAGUGUGGAACGUAAUAGAAAAGAGGCCCGUUUAGUGGUGGAUGGCUCUAUUAAAGCCGAAGUUAGAGAACCUCCAGGUCCUGUUAGAGCUUUACAUUUGACUUCUGACUUGGUUAUUGGUGCCACUACUGAAUAUCGUGAUGGUUAUGUGGGCUGUAUACGUGCUUUACUACUCAAUGGUAAAAUGGUUGAUUUGAAAGAACAUGCUCAACGUGGACUCUAUGGCAUUUCUUCCGGCUGUGUUGGACGCUGUGAGUCUAGUCCUUGCUUGAAUAAUGGCACAUGUAUUGAGGGUUAUGACAGUUAUUCCUGUGAUUGUCGUUGGAGUGCUUUCAAGGGACCCAUAUGUGCUGAUGAAAUCGGUGUCAAUUUACGCAGUAGCUCUAUGAUACGUUAUGAAUUUGAGGGUUCUUUCCGUUCUUCUAUAGCGGAAAAUAUACGCGUUGGUUUUACUACUACCAUACCUAAAGGUUUUCUCUUGGGUUUCUUCUCCAAUUUGACCGGAGAAUAUUUGACCAUACAAAUUUCUAAUUCUGGUUUCUUACGUUGUGUUUUCGAUUUCGGUUUCGAACGUCAAGAGAUUAUAUUUCCCAAAAAACAUUUUGGUUUAGGACAAUAUCAUGAUGUGCGUUUUUCACGUAAAAAUGGCGGCUCCACCGUUGUCUUACAGGUGGAUAAUUAUGAGCCUGUGGAGUACCAUUUCGAUAUUAAGGCCUCUGCCGAUGCCCAAUUUAAUAAUAUUCAAUACAUGUAUAUUGGUAAAAAUGAAUCGAUGACUGAUGGCUUUGUGGGCUGUGUAUCGCGAGUACAGUUCGAUGAUAUCUAUCCUUUGAAGUUAAUGUUCCAACAGAAUCCUCCACCAAAUGUUAAAUCAUUAGGCACUCAAUUGACAGAAGAUUUCUGUGGUGUUGAACCGGUUACCCAUCCACCUAUAGAGGUUGAGACCAGACCGCCUCCACUAAUCGAUGAAGAGAAAUUGCGCAAGGCUUAUAAUGAAGUCGAUUCAGUAUUAUUGGGAUGUCUUCUAGUCAUUCUCUUCCUUCUCUUGUGCUUAAUGAUCUUCCUAAUUGGUCGCUAUUUGCACCGACACAAAGGUGAUUAUCUAACACAUGAAGAUCAAGGCGCCGAUGGAGCUGAUGAUCCCGAUGAGGCGGUAGUACAUUCAACUACCGGACAUCAAGUAACCAAACGAAAAGAAUGGUUCAUAUAGUUCGGAAUGUCACCAGUAGGCGAGUGGUCAACAAAAUAAUAAUAAAAACCUAAAUGUCAAAGAUGUAAAGAAGCAAUGAAAAAGAGAACAAACAACAGCAACCAUUUGAAAGAUAAAAAACGAACACGAAAUAAGACGAUUUAUAUAAAAGAACAGAAAGACUUUUUUUCAACAACAACAACAACUAAAUUAAAAGCAAAAUAAAUACCUACAAAAAACCUAAAAAAACAAAAUGAAAAUUAAAAAAAAAGCUGGCCUUAAAACUUUAAAACAAAAAACUUUAACACAAAAAUAGUGCUGAAAUGCGUUUUUUGCAUUAAACCAUAAGUUACUGCCAAUUUAUUUUGCGCAUAAUUUUUUAAACACAAAAAAUAAAGAAAGAAACAAAAUGGUUUAAAGAAUUCUGUUUACAAUUGCUGAAAUUUUCAAAAAAAAUUAGUUUAUUUUUAUUUUGCCUUAAGUUCUUUUUUCUAAGUUAUGGCUUUAUUUUGUUUAUUAUUAGUUUGUUUUUAUUAAAAUUUUGUCACAACCUUCUGUUUAUUACUUAUUUAUGUUUACUUACAUGUAUGAUUUUCUUUAUGCCGUCCAUUAUUUUGUACUUUUUUUUCUUUAAGCUGCUAUUAUUAUUAUAUUAUAAUUUUUGCUUUUAAGUUUUAUGCAAUACAAAUUAUAUUAGUUUUUUUUAUUUACAAACAAACAAAGAAUACAUUUACAUUUAAGUUAUAUUUUAACAAAUCAACAAAAAAAGUCUUAACGAAUCUUAACGAAUAUCUUUAUAAUAAUAUAUAAUUAUUAAUUUACAAUUACUAUUUGUAAACACGUUUCUUUUUCCUUUUUUCGUUCAGUAAUUUUGUUAAGAAAACAUUUAAAACUCUUUCUCUCUCUGUCUAUUUUGCAUUUAAUUAAACUUGUUUUAAUUUCAUUUGUUUGUUGAAAAAAAAAAACUAAAACCUAAAGUAAAGGAAACGUGUUACUACAUUCCAUUAUAAUCUAAACAUUUAAACAACAUUAUU